AUGCAAGUGAAUAAGAGUAAUGAAGGAAUACCGAUUGGUGGCGGAAGGAACCAAUUGACAAGUUCCUCUUCAUCACCAUCAUCAUCAUCAACUACUCUCCCUUCUUCAACAAUGAAUAAUAGUACAAAUAAUAAUCUAUUAUCAUUGAUACCAUCAUCACAAAUCAAAUUGUAUGAUAGUGAAGUAACAUCAAUGUUUGAAAAGAAUGCACCAGAACAAAUGAAGACAAUAGAAUCAAAUACUAGAUUUGAAAUUGAAGACAAAAAGAUGCAAUUAAGAAGAUUAAUUGGGUAUAGAGAUUUAGUUGAAGGAUCAGAUUCAAUUGUAAAGAUGAAACAAUCAUGUGAAUCGAUAACAGAAAUGAUUGGAACUAUGCAAACAAGUCUAAAAAUGUUUAGUGAAAAGAGAUUACAGAAAUCAAAUAAUACAAAAAUAGAUAGUCAAUCUCAAAAAAAAGAUAUAGUAAAAAGAAAGAUUGGAUCAAUUGCAAGACAUUGUAGAUUUUUAAUUGAUAUAAGUGAAAAGAUUUGGAGAUCGAUUGAUCGAAAUGAAUACUUUGAAUCGUCUGUACAAUACCUAAAGGCAAUCUACUUGUACAAUCGAAUAAAGAGUGGAGGACAAUCAUCGGAAGAGAUCAAGAAACUUUUAGAUAAUUUGCCAGUGAUUGAAGAACAAUGGAUGACGAUUCAACAGUUUCCAUCAAAGACUGUAACAUGUGCAAGAGAGUUUUUAAUGCGAUCUACCCUCUCUACUGAACACUAUGUAGGCAGUCUGUCAUCGUUGGUCAUGUUUGACAAGAAAUCAGUGACCGAUGUAUUUGUAGAGUUUCUUCAUGUUAGAUCGCUGGCAUUUUCUCACAUUAUAUCCAAAUCAUUGUCGAGUCAAAAGAAACAGACAACUACUGAUUCGGCAACUGUUGUACUCACUGUAAAAUCAACGCUGGUCAAGAUGGUCGACUAUAUAAAGUCAACUCUCUAUCUGAUACUCAUCAUCUUUGUAGAUGAUACCUAUCAGUAUGAUGAUAACCCUCCUCCUCCCAUCCCAGCACUUUCAUUCACAUCAAGUGUACUAGAGGUUAAUUUCGAAUGGAAAACACCAUACAUUAAACAAUGUAUCGCUUUUUUAGAGGAGGUUCAAAAUGGUGGUGGAAAGAUAAGUGGACAAUGGUGGGAUGCAGAUCAAGAUGAUGGUUUAAGUAGUAGUGGUAAUACUGCUACUGCAGCAACUACAUUCUCGUCUACUAGUAAUAGAGAUAAUGUAUCAACACGUAUAAUUAGAGAAAAAACAUUGGAAUGGUUAAAUGAAGUACUUCAAAAGAUAAUAUCAACACAAAAAGAAGUAUUGGCACCAAUCAAAUCUGCCAAAGACCUUUCACUUCUCAGAGUUGAUAUUUUAGCAGAAUUAUCUGUUCUUUCACAACAUCAACAAGAAAAAAACAAUAGUAAUGAAAAAGUAGUAGAUUUAAUUGGAAUUCAAGUACCAAUAGAAGGUUGGAAUUGGGUAACUGUAGCAAAUAAUGUAAUUGGAAAGGAUUUGACAAGAAUAAUAGAUGUAUUGGAAGAAGUAUUUUUAACAAAAUCUGAAGGAAUCAUUGCCAACACCUUUUCAUCAAUCAACCUCACCUCGUUACUACAACACAAAAUGUUACUACUCAGACCAGAAGAUAAAAACUUUGGUACUUCAUUCUUGUGGACCCAGAGACAAGAUGACGAUACUGUCCAAUCGAUUCGUAACAAGACCAAUGGUAUUACACCACUAUCUGAUCACUUUUUACAACAAGUCAACCAAAUGUAUACCAAUUGUGUCUCUGACUUUGUCUAUCUUUUCCCAAGUAGCGAGCAAACAAAACUAAACGGUGGUGGGCUAAUGGCAUCGCCCGCUCCAACUCCUCGGUCAGCUACAUUAUCAACCAUGUCAUCGAGACUAUCAAUCCUUCAAAAAAGAAAUCAAUUCUCACAAACUCAAUCUAUUAUUGAAAAAUACCAAAUCAAGGAAAAUGAACUCAGAGAAUACAUGAGACAAUCUUUCCACAAUUCAAUCAAACAAUUUUGUAAUGAUAACCAAUCGACCAUCGUUUCUCUUUACAAAGAAAUCAAAUUGGAACAGCAACAACAAAAAAUUCAUGAAAUAUUAUUUAUUGCCAAAGCUUCAAAAUUAUUUUACAAACAUAUCAUUCAAAAUCCAAAUUUAUUUUUCUUACCAAUUGAUCAAUCAAAUAGUAAUAGUAAAAAUGAAACACCAUUAUCAUUAAAAAUAAUUGAAGAAUUGAAAAGUAUUUAUUAUCUUGGAUUUAUAAUAUGGGUUGAAAAUUUUAUUCAAAUUCAUUCAACAUCAUUACUUUCGACAUUACUAUCAUUAUCUUGGGAUAAUUCAAAUCAUCAAAAAACAAAGUCAUGGCAAUCAUUUGAAAUUCAGGCAGACAACCAACAAACUCAAAUUCAUAUGCCAUAUCUACCUUCUUCAUUUAUUUUAUCAUUCCUCUUUGAUAUUACAAAACAAAUUAAUCAAAUUAGUUUUAAUACUUUAGAUAGAAAUAUACAAAAAUAUAUUUCACAAUGUAUAGCAAAUCAUAUCUAUAAAAUUGUAUCACAAUUUUUGUCAACUAUUAAAACAACGUCAAAUAAUGGACCGAUUUCAAAAGAAGGUUAUAUACAAUUAUUACUUGAUAUGAAAUAUCUAUCAUAUGUAUUGUAUGGAAACAAAAAAGCUCCAAUUAUCAAAGAUCAAAGUUUUAAAAGAUCAAAAGAUUAUUUUGAUACUAUUAUCGUAGAAAACGUCGAUAAUCCUCAACAAUCAAUUUCAAAAACUUUUAAUGAUAUAAUACAAUUAAUAGAAGAAAAGGUAAUGAAUAUAAAAAUUGAUCCAAUUGAUUUAAGUUUAUAUAAAGACCAUAUUAGUAAAUUUGUAGAAACAUCAUAUUCUAAAACAUGGACAAUGUUGGGUAUUUUUACUCAAAUCCAUCGUACUGUUGCUAAACCAAUUGAACAUAAAUCGCCAACAAUGAGUUCUUCAUCGAGUAAACAAUCAUAUGAAAAUACAACCAAUAUAAUUCCGUUGAUUAAAUCCAAUGUUCGAUUCCAAUUAUUUACUAUAGAGACACCAAUAGAACAAACUCUUCAACCAACACCUACAACAACAACAACAAAUCCAACAACUCAACCAUCGUCGAUGAACCAAAAGUCCAAUACAAAUAUUGUCUCACCACCACUACACCAACAAACAACUGCAUCACUUCAAUCAGCAGCUUCUAAAACAUUCUCUCUCAUGGACUCAAUGACUAAAAGAUUUACACAAUUUGGAAGUGGUACAAGUAGUGGUCACAAUAAUAAUACUCAAAACAGAUAG